AUGAAUGCCACAGCUCCUCUGCUCCUGCUGCUCCUCACGGCCUGCGUGGCCAGUGGUGCUCUGCUGCCAAAGGCCUUAUGGCAGUUUAUGAGCCUGACUACCUGUAUCCAGCCUGGUGUUAACCCUCUGAAGUACAACGAGUACGGCUGCUGGUGUGGCAUCAGGGCAUCGGGAACCCCUCUAGAUGAUCUGGACAGGUGCUGUCAAGUUCAUGACAAAUGCUACGAAGCGAUCGCAAAGAUGUCUGGAUGCACUUCUGUUGCUGACAAUCCUGUUGUUCUUGUUUAUGACUACAAAUGCUCAAAUAAACAAGUGACCUGCUCAGAACUGGUGUGA